GGUAUAAUGUCUGAAGAAAACGCCACCACAGUGGUCAAUGAGUUUGUAUUUGUAGGAUUAACAAGCAACCCUACACUACAGGCCAUUCUCUUUUUCAUGUUCCUGACUAUUUACAUGACCACCUUGGUUGAAAAUCUAGGAAUGAUUGCCUUAAUAAGGGCCAGUCCCCGCCUCCAUACCCCAAUGUACUUCUUUCUCAGCAGCCUGUCUUUCCUGGAUGUAUGCUUCUCUUCUGCAUUUGCUCCAAAGGCAUUAGUGGAUUUUCUAGCAGAGAAAAAGUCCAUUUCCUUUAUUGGGUGUGCAAUGCAAAUGUAUUUUUGGGUAGCUCUGGGGAGUGCAGAGUGCUUUCUCUUGGCUGCAAUGGCUUAUGAUCGCUAUGUGGCUAUCUGUAAACCACUGCUGUACCCAGUCCUCAUGUCUCCUAGAGUCUGCUUUCUUUUGGUGGUGGGGUCGUAUAUUCUUGGGCUUCUACAUUCUUUCCUUCAUACAAUUUUUACCUUCAGACUGUCAUUCUAUAGGACUAAUGUGGUCAACCAUUUUUUCUGUGAUGUCACUGCACUUUUAGCUAUUUCCUCUUCUGAUAUCUAUAUCAAUGAACUGCUGAUCUUUUACGUGGCUGGUCUUAUAGAAAUAACCACUAUCCUGAGUGUCGUGGUUUCUUAUACCUAUAUUCUUACCAACAUUGUGAUGAGGAUCAGCUCAGCUGCAGGCAGGCUCAAGGCCUUCUCCACUUGCACCUCACACCUCACUGUGGUUGCCAUCUUCCACGGGGCCAUUCUCAUAUUACACUUCCGACCAAACGUGAGCAGUGGAACCUUUGUUCAAGAUGUAACUGACAAAGUACUUUCAGUGUUCUACACAAUUAUCAUCCCUUUGCUGAACCCUUUGAUUUACAGCCUGAGAAACAAGGAGGUAAAGGGUGCCCUGGGAGGUUUUUGGAGGAAGGUUUUGACAAAAUAA